AUGCUCGAGGGCUGCCGAAGCCCCGGCGCCUCCAACGCUGCCACAGGGGACUUCUUCACCGUGGGCGAGGGAUCCCACAAGGUCUCCCUCGACGGUGAUUUCAGCAUCCAGGUUGACUCAUAUAGUCAUAUUAAGGGGAACCACAAAUUUCAGAAGAUAGGUAUGAGAGCUAUAAGCUAUUUCUGGGAGAAAAUGCAGGUGUUUGCGUUUGCUGGCGCGGCAUGCUGCCUGCGGACGAUGGAGGAAGCCGUGAUGAAGAUCGGCUCAAGAGGGCGCUGUAGAUGCAUGGUCCCAGGACUCACGAGGCUGUGGGGUUCCUCAUGUUUGCUAAGGCCAAACUGGGCGACAAUGCUUACAAGGAGCUCGUCUAGGCAGGCACGGGACAUUGCUGACCAAGGUUCAAAUCCUGAAGGUGAAAUCACAGUACAAAAAUGCGAAGAAUUCCUAUCUCAGGCGUCAUCCAUAUCUGAUGAAGAUUACGAAGAUUUUUUGGUCACCAUAUCUGAGUCAAUGGCAAAAAAGAUCACUGAUCAAGAGACAUACCUAAAGGUUUUUGUUUUUCUUGGUGGUUUGUCGAGAACAAUUGGACAGUCGUUUUACAACCAUUUGUCUUUGUAA